AUGGCAGCUCAAGUAGAAAAUCCCGUUCCCAGCUAUAUUGCAGAGAAAGGCUCUGUCCUCCAUGCCAAUCGUGCCUUCUACACCAGCAUUGCAGAGGCAACCGCCCGUGAAAAGGUCGAGGACUUCAUCAUCCCAAUCAGGAGCGGAAAAGCCUGGGUGGUUCCCGCCGGGCACAUCUGCCGCAUCAGCACGCCUGAAGGUCCUCAAGUCGGUGAUUUGAACAUCUGGGGUCUGCAAAACCCUAGGGAGAAGUUCUGGGCGAGCAGAACGAAGCAAUUGCAUGCCGCUCACGUAUCUACCUUUGAUAGGUUAUGGAGCUGUUUACCCUUUCUAAGGCCGAUGGUUACGAUUAUAGCUGACACUCUGGGUGGGAACAAGUAUGGGACUGAUGCUGUCGGGGGAAGAGUGCAUGAUUUGCUGGGGACGAGGUGUGAUCCUUAUGUUAACAAGAUGUUGACUGGCGACGACUUUGAUUAUCACUGCCAUUCAAAUCUUACCAGGGCGAUCAUGCCAUUUGGACUAACCGAAUAUGAUGUCCAUGACGUGAUCAAUCUAUUUCAGGUCACAGGGCUAAACCAGGAUGACAAAUACUUCAUGCGACCUUGUCCGGCAAAGGCUGGAGACUACAUUGAGUUCUUCGCUGAGAUUGACGUCAUCAUGGCUCUGUCCACAUGCCCUGGAGGUGACCUCUCAGCCUGGGGCUUCGGAGGUGGUGCGGUUGACAUGCUCGCCACUUGUCGUCCGCUCGGGGUGGAAGUGUGGAAGAUCACAGAUGAAACUUUGCUGAAGGAUUGGGAACCUUCUAAGUCGCCGGCAUAUAAGGGGCUCCAUGGGAUUAACUUGCCCACAUUUUAG